AUGGUGGGAAUGGAGACGAACACUGGUGGUGAAAAAAAGAGAUUACCCAAAAUCAUAGAUUAUGACGGAAUAAGUUCGGAUGAAGAGGAAAUAUUUGAGGAGGACGAUUAUGAUCUCAUAAAAUCAAGCAACGAACCUUACAUUCUCUUUCGAAGAUUAGGCUACUUUGCACUCGACAGUAACGAGAGAGCCAAUUACAAGGCCCGAGAAUUGAAAUCUGUGCGACUGGAUACCGAAGGUGAAUACAUAAGGUUGGUUGCUCGCCGCUGUCACACGAACCAUCUCAACCAAUAUAAUCAGGUCGGUAUUGUGGGAAUAGCGGUCAUGGGUGAACCCGUCGAUUACUUACUAGCCGGCGAAAGUCAAAAGAUCCCGAUAGAGCAUGCCGAUGGAGGUCCGUCACGCGUAGCGUCGCCCGAUAUGUGUAUCAUACCGGUCAUCCAAGAUAACCAUUGGAUGAUAAAUGGCAACCCCAAUGAUCAAAGAAAUUUUGUCUCACUUCAUUCCAUCCUCUCGGACGCAUCACCUCCGGAAAAUGAUGGUUCAGCCACCUUGUCCCAACCACCUCAACCACCGAAAAAAGUCACCAACCCUAUUACCUCCAAUGACUUCUUGCUGAACGAAGAGGAGACAGCCCAAUUACUAGCUGCGUUCGGCAGGGCAAAAGCCAACGCGGUAAAAGGUGUGUACGUGGAAGAUUUUCACUUGGCCAAAGUUUUAAAAUAUGCGAUCGAACUUGUUACAAAGGCUGCCGAGGACGCAAUGAAACUUGAAUCUCUGAAGAAACAGGCGGUCGAAGAGGAAGAUUUUGAUAAUGCCGAAAAGUACAAGGUAACUGUUAUUUUGAAUCCUACACGGUCCUUGGGACGUGAUAUCGAGUUACUUAGGGAUGAUAUCCGCAAUGCCCUACUUGACGAGGGUUUGGACUUGGAUGAUUCAGGAGAGGUGACUGUUUAUGAUCCACAAUUAGCAGACAUUAUUGGAUUGGCGGAUGAUGUCAUCGAGGAAACGACAAAGAGUCGAACGAGCAGCAAUGCUUCAGUGAGCCGAGUCAACUCUUCGAAAGGUCCAUCGAACGGUGACUCGAAUAAACAUCAACCGAUGACACCAAUGACCCCCUCUCAAUGGACACCUCUGGCGGACGAAAGGCCUCUACCAGCCUUGUCUAAUUCAAAUUCUUGUCAAACCCCAAACAACGUCCCCACGGAUCCGUUCGAUGAUGGUCCCGAAGAUCUAUCGGAUCUGGCCCGUGUCGCUUUCUCCUUAUCUAUCCAGUACUUUGGAGAGUACGUCGUCGCUUGCAUGCUGUCAAAAAAGUUCUUGUUAAGAGACUCUGCAUUAGUCGAGGUCACCAAGAGAGUUGACAUCAAUUUUGGAGACGGUAAAGAUGUUGAGGGUGUUGAUAAGAUUGCACUGAUUAAGGCCACCUUCCAAAUUAUACAAGAAGCAAUGAACGACAAUCGAGAGAAGCUUACGUUGGCAACAUUGACACUUUGGGAGACGCUGACGGUACCGAUAGCCCAUACCUGGAAACUGGUAGAACAAAAUUAUGAGCUGCUGUUUAGCAAGAUAUCGGAUUCGAAUUCGCGCAUAAAACAAAGUUCCACCAAGUUCUUCUGCUACCUCGCCAAAACCUAUCGAAAUCAAAAUUAUUCGAUCCUCGCGCUGGCCCUCAAGCCUGCAAAGACACCAAACCAACCACUUAAAACGGCAAAGGCGAAGGUCGAGCUCGUCACCAAGUUGGUCGAAGAAUUUGGUGUGUCUUUAAAUAAAAAGAGCAAGACCGAUAAGGAAGGUGGGAUAAGUCUUGAGGCCGUUAUGCAAUUGUCCGUCUCAUACCUUAACAAUAACCACGGAGAUGUCCGCGAGUCCGCUGUGAAACUAGUGGUCGAGAUUGUGAAGCGUGCCGGCAGGGAAAAAGUUGAAGGAUUCAUUUCCGAUAUAAAACCUAUGCUCCUGGAAACAAUUUGGAAUCUGGUGACCGAAUACGAGGAGGAAACGGGUAAGGUUGCAGGACAAGUACCCUCACCACCACCAUCACCAAAGGUCACGCCAAAGGGUCUCACCGAGGAAGAAAAAGAGGCCCUGAAAGAUUUUGAGGUGGAUGAAACUUUGCUCAAGGCUCCAUUAGCAAAACGUGGGACAAUGACACGAAUUGAGCAACAGUUGAUGGAAUUGCGUUCAAUGUUCAACAACACCAAUUACAUCAUCAAAGAUGAUUACGAUACGUAUAUCGCAAAUUCGACCAAACCCAUACUCGCGCCCGAGGAUUAUGAGGUCGGGGUGGAGGAAGUUGAGAAGACCAAAGAACCUGAACCUCAGCCCGAACCAACAAAAAAGUCAUCCACCGCACAUGGAAGCAAGUCAUCCACUCCGGCAAGCAAGUCCACAAAGAAGCCAAAGGCCGACGGUCAGAAAACAUCGACCGCGAAAGCCUCUAAAAACAAUGCACCGUCGAAAGACACCACUUCAAGAACAGGGUCGUCAGGAAGUGCUCGAAAGGUCUCGGUGGCUUCAGCAACCACAUGUGAUGAACCCGAAGAAAUUUCUGCCAGUAACGAGGCCAAGGGAGACAGGUGCUGCAUCUUUUGUGAUGAACGCAACGACCGGUUCACCGAGGAUAACUUGGUGACGCAUUACUGGAAUGAUUGUCCAGUGUUAACCAAAUGCCGUCUGUGUAACAUCAUCCUUGAAAUCUCGACACUUGACGAUCAUAUGCUGACCGAUUGCGACAAGAGCAGAUUUGUAAAACAAUGCCCUCGUUGUCGAGAAGUCAUUGAUGCCGACGACUAUCUAGAACACACAGCGAAGCAAACCUGCUUGGUUAUAAGGGAUGACAUAGUUCGUUGUCCGCUUUGUAAGACGAUGGUUAAACCGGCAACCGAGGCUGGAUGGAAAGCACAUCUGCUGGAUCCUAAUGGAUGUCCAAAGAAUCGUAGAAAGGAGAAUCAUCGAUCGAACGCCCCCUCGAUGGUGAAAGAGAUGGAACACGCAGCUGCGGCAAGCUCGAAACGAGGGGAAAAACGACCAUCAUCAAAAGUUGACGCUCCAAAAACAUCAUCGGUGGCCUCGAAAACCUCGAGCCGAAGCAAGCUUGCUGCCUCGAGCGGAAAGGAUAAAGUUAAAAAGGCGACGACCAACAAAGUCUCAAAGGUUAAGAAAUAA